AUGAAGGCAGUGCGGCAUGGUCGAAUUCUCCCACUCAUCUCCGUCUUUACAGUACUUAAGUCUCUGGCGAGGAUGACUUCAUUUUUCCAGGAGUCACACCACAUAAAUUUCUCUGGAAACCAGUCAUUUACGAAUGCUAGAACAAUCGUCAACAAUUUCCACCCCAUUUAUCCAGCCGUCCCCCACACUGAUUCGGAUUCGGAUUUGUCUGAUAAGGAGAGGACCACGUUAUCUACACUUCGGGAUGAGGAAAAACGGCUAAAUUUGGUGAAUCAGCUUUCCGAUUUUUUGUCAAAUUUAACCUUUUAUAUCUGGCUGCACGAUAUACGUUCAACGCUUUACUUUCAACAGGCUAAAAAACACGGUUUUAGAUCGAUAAAAAUCGGAGACAUCAUUGUGGAGAGAGAAGUUUCAUCGAAUGUGCUCGAGGUUUCAGUCAAGCGUCCUACUGGUAGUGUCUUGAAGACGACGAACCCUUUUCGAAACCGCGUUAAUAGUCAAGUAACAACUUCGGUCAAGAUUAGACGAAGGGUACAGGAUGCGAGAAUCAUCAAGUUCAAAGAUCAGACGUUCACCGUGGUCACUUUUGAACCGGAAGAUGGGACAGAUGAUGACGGGGUCGAGGCUGUCUGGAAGCGGGUCUAUGAGGCCUCGUCUUUUCAACGGCGUGAGAUAUUGCCGCAGCUUUUCGGGGUGGGUCGGUCACCAACGCCCAUGUUAAUCUACCAUGAUGCAUCUCUGGGUGGACAGACUGUUAAAGCGCAGUUCAUGGCCAAGGCGCCGAUCGUAUGGAGUUACCUUUGGUAUAAGUUGACGUGUUCAGAGUAUGCUAUGACAGCCGAUGGAGAUAUGCGGAGGCUACUGAAAGAUGUGACCACAAUUAAUGCGGAGGAAUGGGUCUUCAACUUCAGAACCGGUUCGUGGCAAUACGACCUCACAUCGUUUAUUGCACAAUGCGAUCCCAGCUUUAACCUCGGCAACCGCAUGAUAUUGCCCGACGUUCUUCUAAUAAACCAGCUUCGCGGGAAUUUACCGCUCGAAUCCAAGAUGAUCGUCGAUGGUUUACAACAAGACUUCCUCAGGCUUAUCGCUUCAAUCGGAGCGAUGCGCCCCGUUGGAGACAAGGACUUUUCAUACCACACCCUACUUACCUUUGGGGCUGUCAUUGAUCCAGAGAAACCUGGGAUUCUGGCACACCUCCCUUCCAUCUCAUCACCUCAAUGGUACCACCGUUUAUCCGAGCAUGGAUUAAAAGCCAAGGUUAGAAUAUCGCAAUCAGUCCCUGGCCGCGUUGAUCUGAAAUUUGAGAAGGGCGUGAAUAUGGUUCAACUAGAGCUAGGAUUGGAGAUACCUCCCGACAAACGUGAACAAUCACGAAUUGCCUACAUCAUUCAAUCGCUCGGGCUCUGCAAGAAGUUUGGCCGUGCAAGAGACACCUGGAAGAAUCUGGUAUUCGUCCAUGAAUUUCUAUUCAUUCUGACUGGAACAGUCACUUCCGAAUUCAUACAUCGCACGGCUGGAGCCUAUCUGUUCGUGACACCAGUUUUCUCGAUACUCGAACGGAUAAACGGGAUGCCUUGUAUCCAAUGGCCGUUGAGGGCCCCAUUGUACUAUUGGUCUUCUGAUCCGGAAGGCAAGAUACUAGUCCCGAAAGAAGAUUGGGAGCGGGUUGGAAUCCCCGAGCUUGAAUUACAAGUGUACGUUGGGUCAUUCUGGGACACAGAUGAAUAUGCGGCCAUGCAGGAGUAUUUGACAAUACAAGGGUACGAUUAUUAUGGCGACCAGCUUGCGAGAGCGCAGGGGUACCAAAGUAUGAAUCGAUGGGAUCCACACACGACUACUCAGGUAAGGCUUGAAGACGCGGACGAUUGUGUUCGUCUAGAAGACGGCCAACAAGCGAUAACUGAACGGGAAAGGGACCCGAAUGGAAUCACGUCUCCUUCAAUGUAUUCAUUGAUCUCGGAGAGUGAAGCACAAAAUGAAGAACCGGUGCUUGGUGAAGUCUCGGCUAGUAGUGAAGGCGGUAAUUUCGUGGGAUGGCUACAGAAGGGUUGGCUGAAUCGCCGGGCACCAGGGAAAAUUGGUAGACUUAAGGCUGCCAGUAAGUAAGGCCCUCAGACGAGAAUAAGUCUGAAAAUUGGCUUUGGACUGCGCGUCGGAGACUCGGAGUACAUGAGAUGGGUGUUAGAAGAGAAUGUAAUAGUACGUACUGUUUUCUACCAAAC